UGCCUGAAGCCGGGCGGCAUUGUGAUCUGGAUCGAAGGGGACUACGACUUCUAUUCUGGUUACCCGAUCGUAUACAAACCGUUUGCAAGUGAAGCAAACCCAUCCGGAUCUUACCUACAACGAAUGGGCUAUGAGUUGCGUAGAGCGGUGACUGCGAAUGGCAGCGCCCUAAAAGAGGUAGAACACCUUAUGGAUCAAGGCUUAUGGUGGCAGUCUGAUGUAAUAGAUCCCGAUACUGCUGAUUGGGUGUAUUCAGAAUCACCUGCUCUCCCUACACUCCAGUCAAUAAACCCUCCCAAUAAACCCUCGUUGUUCAUCUAUGAAGUCCACAACACCAUCGAAGAAGUCCAAGAGAAAAUGGCCUUACGGAACCGAGGCAAGGAUAUCCCUCCACCUCCUCUACCAGAAUGGCAACCUCUCGACCCUGAAUUGAGCUUAUUCUCCACAAAGACCGCUCGCACCACGUUCAUUCACAGAGACGUCUCGCCACCCUUGCAGAG